AUGGAGACUCGCCAGAUACCCAGGAGCUCCCGGGUGCGGCUCCUGCUGCUGCUCCUGCUGCUCGUGCCCUGGGGCGUUGGCACAGCCUCAGGUGUCGCCCUGCCUCCUGCCGGGUCCUUCAGCCUCCGCUCCCCGGGCCGGGUCUGGGCGGGUCCUGCCACCUCUGUGUCCCGGCGGAGCCUGGCGCUGGCGGACGACGCGGCCUUCCGGGAGCGCGCGCGGAUGCUGGCUGCCCUGGAGCGCCGCCACUGGCUGAACUCGUACAUGCACAAGCUGCUGGUGCUGGACGCGCGCUGA